UUUAGGAGCUUUCGAUUCCAAACCUUUGCUGACUUCUUUCGUGUGUGUGCGCUUUUCCCCCAAAAAGAAGCAAAAACCCACUCCUCCGCCGUGUGCGGUGGCGAUUUUUGAUCGGAAAAUCAAAACGAUAAUAUGAAGAUUAACGUCAAGACUCUCAAGGGGACUCACUUUGAGAUCCAAGUGAACCUUCAAGAUACGGUUGGUGAUGUGAAGAAAAAUAUAGAGGCGGUGCAAGGUGUUGAUGUUUACCCUGCUGCACAACAAAUGCUAAUUCACCAAGGGAAAGUGCUUAAGGAUGACACAACCUUGGAAGAAAAUCAAGUUGCUGAGAAUAGUUUUGUUGUGAUCAUGUUGAGCAAGAAUAAGGUAUCAUCAAGUGGAGGCUCAGCUGCUUCAUCUGCACCCUCAAACCCAGCAGCCCAACCUGCAAGUUCUUUGCCUCCCCCUUCAUCAACAUCUCAACCACCUGCUUCGACUGCCGGACAGGGAGAAUCCAAUGCUGAGCCAAGUCCUGUUAUAACUCCUCCCACUACUGUGGUGUCUGGCACAUAUGGCCAAGCAGAAUCUAAUCUCAUUGCUGGAAGUAAUUUAGAAUCAACUAUUCAACAGAUUCUAGAAAUGGGGGGAGGAAGUUGGGACCGGGAUACUGUGAUCCGCGCUCUUCGUGCUGCAUAUAACAAUCCGGAAAGAGCUGUUGAAUAUCUCUAUUCUGGCAUCCCUGAACAAGCUGAUGCUCCAGCAGUUGCUGCAUCCACCAAUGUUGGGCAGGCAGAAAACCCUUCAAUUCAGGCUCCACAGCCAGCAGUGCCUACUGGGGGGCCCAACACCAACCCACUCAACUUGUUCCCCGAGGGUAUUCCCAAUUUGGGUGCAAAUGAUAAUGCAGGUGACUUGGAAUUCUUGCGGAACAGUCCACAGUUCCAAGCCUUGAGAACAAUGGUGCAAGCAAACCCUCAAAUCUUGCAGCCUAUGCUUCAGGAACUAGGAAAACAAAAUCCACAUCUAAUGGAGCUCAUCCAAGAGCAUCAAGCUGACUUCUUACGCCUUAUAAAUGAGCCUGGAGGAGAAGAAAACCUAGAGAGUCAAUUGGGUGCUGCGGUGCCUCAGACCAUCACUAUCACCCCAGAAGAGCAUGAGGCCAUUCAACGGCUUGAAGAUAUGGGGUUCGAUCGAGAUCUUGUGUUGGAGGUGUUCUUUGCGUGCAAUAAAAACGAGGAUUUGGCAGCCAACUAUCUAUUGGAUCACCAAAAUGAGUUUGAUGACUAGUUAAAAUUCCAGUUCAUCGGAUUUAACUCUGCUCUUUCUUGUGUCUAGCAUUUUUCUGUGCUAGUUCUUGUUUAUCUUCUGAACUCUUUGGAGAAGUGAUAAUUUAUACUUUUUAUUAUUUCGGGAACUAUAGGAUCUGUAAAUUGUUUAAACAUUAUUGACUAGAAAAUAGAAUUGCGUUGGGGAAAGAAGGCCACAGGUUUAUUUAUUGUAUGUCUGAUUAUGCGUUAACCUCGAUUUUCUUGCGUCCCCAUGAAAUUUAACCGGUGAUUUUAAAA